UGUCCAAACAUGAAGAUUUUGCUCAAAACAGCUUUCAUUCUAGCUGUUUUCUUCAUUAAGAGGUCUUCAUCGCAAGCUACAAAAGUCCCUAAUUUCGAGUCACCAUACGAGGAUUACAGUACACUCGUUUUCAUCAAAACUAGUUCACGGGUUUGUGCUGGUUCGGUUUUGAAUUCAAGAAAUAUUCUCACAGCUGCUCAAUGCGUGGUGAAUCCAGAUGUACCGAAUAAUGUUCCUCUGGCUGCUAGCGCCAUUCAAAUUUACUAUGGGGCCACGAAUAUCGAUAUGACAACAUUACUCAAUGCAAGCAUUUCCAAAAUUGUAAUCCAUGAAAAAUACAGCACAAAAGUCAAAUUUUCCUAUGACAUUGCCAUUAUUGGUCUUGAUCGAGAUGUUACAAUCACUGAAAAAGUUCUUCAGGAAGGUGUAUAUGCAACAGUCAAACCUAGUGCUACAGUAGACGUGUAUGCAGUUGGAGUCCAGCAAAAAAGAGAUUUGGUAGAGUUAACUACUAAAAUGAACUUUAACUCAGAGUGUCAGGCAACCACGAAAGCAGCGCGACAAGGAAACCCAAGUUAUACGGCAGUCACUUGCACGAAAUCAGGAAAAAAUGCAAAUGUUGUGUGCAACGAGGACUAUGUGGGUGGCGGAAUAUUUUCGACUAAUAGAAGAACAAUGAUUGCAAUAAUUUUAGGGACUACCACAACUAGCUGCACUCCUGAUCCAACGCUGUAUGUGCUUUUGAUACCGGAUAAAGUUGCGUGGAUUACCAAUAAUUUAAUACCACUUUCAUAAAAUAAUUGAAACGUAGUUUCAAAAUGGGGGAUGGGGGCAGAAAAAAAGAUUUGAAAUACUUUUACUUUUUUAAAUUUAAACAGUUUUUCGUCACUAAUUAAUACUAUAGUUGCUUUUCAAAAUUGAUUCCAGAUUAUUUUAACUAAAAAAUUGACAAAAAAUUCAUAAAAAAGAUUUAAAAAAAUAAGUUCAAUGAUUUUCGAAAAAAAAAUUUAGAGAAGAAAAUUAAUGUAUUUAAAAAUAUAAUUUUCUUUGCAAAAAUUUAAAAAUAAAAUUUAAUUUCUUGAAAAAUUAUGAAAAAAGACCAAAAAAUGGGUAUUUGUAAC